CAGAUCACAGCAACGUCCCUACAAGCGACGACAUACCUUCUUGGCGUCGCCCUCUUCUCGAUUACAUUCCUCGUCUUCCUCAACAGCAGCAUUUCGUUCGUGAUAACCGACGUUAUUGGGCAAGACAAACAUGAGGGUGACGCUGUAGGCACACUGGGAUUUGCAGACGAACUACUGGCACUUGUUGCGUGUCCGUUAUGGGGACUUCUCAGCGACCGGAUAGGCGUGCGUACGGUAGCCGUGAUCGGCUACUGCAUCGUAGGCAUAAGCCUCAUAUGCUUGGUACAGAGCACCAAUGUCUACCCUGAAUUGCUCCUGGGAAGGCUCGGGUUCAGCCUUGGUGGCGCUGCGACAGCGACCAUGGUCACGGCGUGUCUGCCGGCUAUGGUGGCCAAACGAAUACCACCAAAGGCAGAAGAUGGCAGAAACGGCAGCAUUGGACACGCAACUUCGCCGAGCGUGAGCAGCGAGCUUACCAUUACCCAGAAUCGCUGGACUUCUGAUUCAAGUGGCCGUACGCAGAACGCCGACAGCGAGAACGAAGACGGACAAGCAAGGGACGACUCAACCACUACCAUAGCAGGCACCUCGCAGCUGGCUGGCUUCGUGGGCUUCUUCACCGGAGCCGGUGCACUUCUAGCCCUUGUCGCAUUCCUACCUUUGCCAGCACACUUCCAGAACGAAGGGCAAACCCGUGCUCAAAGCGUCCAAACCACCUUCUACAUUGUCGGAGCCGUAGCAUUCUGCGUUGCCAUCUUCAUCUACUUCGGACUUCGACACCUGCCCGGCGAGGAGGACAAGAGUUUCUCAGCCUUGUGGCGAACACCUUACGAAGAGGACACGAAGACGGAUGCUCAAGGUCACCUGCACACCACACUUACACCAGCUCCAUCAUACCUUCGUUUAGUGACGGAGGCAGUCAAGCUAGGCUUCACCGACCCGGCUAUCGGCCUCGGCUAUAUGGGAGGUUUUGUCGCUCGUGCCUCGUCAGUUGCUAUAAGUCUUUUCAUCCCCGUUUUCGUCAACGCGUAUUUCAAGCGUAGCGGCUUGUGUAAUUCUGAUCCGCAUGACAUAACCGACAUCAAAGAGCACUGCAAACGCGCAUAUACCUUGGCGUCAGCACUGGCAGGUGUCGCCGAGACUGCUGCGUUGAUUUGUGCUCCUCUGUUCGGCUGGCUAGGUGGCAAGGUCAUCAAAGGCCGUAACGAGUGGCCUUUAAUGGGCGCGGCCGCAAUCGGCAUAGGCGGAUACAUCGCCUUCGGCUUCUUACGCAACCCGGACGCCUUUCACGGUGAUGGCGGACAGUGGGCCUUCCUUGCUGUCAUCAUGAUUGGCAUUAGCCAGAUCGGCGCCAUCGUAUGCUCCCUGGGUCUGCUGAGCCGUGGAGUUAACAAGGAAACCGAAAGUGCACCCGCUAAGUCGGCCGAUCAAAAGCGUCCACCCACAGCAGGCACGCUAAGACCUGGUGAUGUUGGUGCUGUGAACGGCGAAGAGACUGCUCCGCUGCUCCCACGGGCGACGACAAAAGAAACGCAAAGGCUGGAUCGGUCGAAUCUCAAAGGCAGCAUAGCUGGAGUGUACAGCUUCGCAGGCGGAGCUGGCAUCCUGCUGUUGACGAAGCUCGGCGGAGCGCUUUUCGAUAGCUGGACGCCAGGCGCGCCGUUCUUCUUGCUUGCGAUCUUCAACGGCAUAUUACUAGUCGCUGUCGCCUUGGUCGGUGGCGGCAGUGCUAUCUGGAGAAGGCGUGCUGGCGUU